AUGAGUUGUAGACAACAGGUUGGGAUCACUUCAUCACAAUAUGUAUCUGAGAUCUGUGACCUCCUACCGUCCAAUGAGGGACGUCAAUCGCUUGUCUCUUCAUUGAUUUGUAGCUACAACUUACUCCACUAUUGCACCAUUAUUCCAAUUCAACGGGCUUCAAGAUUGCAGCUUGAAAAGUUCCAUAGCGAUGACUUUGUUACCGCUUUAUUAGAGAGACGAACUGACAUAGACAAGGCUAGUCCAAAAUACAAUAAUUUACUACUGCAUCGGAAGACCAAUUUUUUUAAAGAUCGUCCCCAACGACAAUCAAAACUUGAACCAAGUAUAGAUAUCAAUAAAUUUGGAGACGAAAUUGCAAAAAAAGUUGAAGAGAGUUCAGAGGAUGAAUGGGAAUCGGAUAAAGAUUCAUCUUUAGAUCUGGGUGAUUCUGACUCCAAUCCUCUAAAUGAAUACAAUCUAGACACAUAUGGGUUGCAAUAUGAUUGUUAUGUAUUCCCCUUCAUGGCAGAUUACGUUUCGUUAGUUGCUGGUUCAACAAUUAGUACUGCUGAGUAUUUGAUUUAUCAGCAUCGUAUUGGUAAUAAGCUGAGUGUUGGGAUUAAUUGGUAUGGUGGCAGACAUCAUUGUACCAAAAAUAUGGCAUCUGGAUUCUGCUAUGUUAAUGACAUUGUAUUGGGUAUCAACAAAUUAAGAAUGUACUUCCCCACAGUGUUUUAUAUUGAUAUGGAUCUUCACCAUGGAGAUGGAGUUGAAUCUGCCUUCAAAUUUUCCAAUAAGGUUGUAACAUGUAGUAUGCAUAGGUAUGACGUUGGAUUUUACCCAGGUACUGGUAAGGAUACAGUGAAGUCUAAAGUGAUAAAUAUUCCUACCCGAAAGGGUCUUGGAGAUAACAGCUUACUAUUUUUGGUCGAGCGAAUUAUUCUUCCUGCAAUAUCUGGUUAUAAACCAUCUGUAAUUGUCUUACAAUUGGGUGCUGAUGGUUUAGCCCUAGAUGAACACAAACAAUGGAAUUUGACUAUUAAAGGGUUUGCCGCUGCUGUUAAAUUAUUAUUAGAAAACUGUGGAGAUAUUCCAGUUAUGGUCUUGGGAGGUGGUGGCUACAACCAUACAGAAACUGCCAAAUGUUGGACAUAUAUCACAAAGAUUAUCUUGGAAUCAUCCUUAGACAAAGAAAUCACCAUGGAGGAGGCAUACAUUAAUAUUCCGGAGCAUGAUUUUUUAGACAGCUAUUGUGAUGACGGUUAUAAAUUCUGGACAGAAUCGAACUCCACUCCUAGCAAGAUGAAAGACACCAAUGAUAUGGAAUACUUGGAGACGUUACAAAAUAAUAUACUAAAGGAGUUCUUAUAG